AUGGAACAUCGUAUACGAUCACCGGGAGCAAAAUUGAAAAGGCAAGGUCUGACUAGGAAAAAAAUGUGCGACCCCGAACGUCAAGCCGGUUCUUCAGGAAUUGUUUACCAUCCACGUUUCACCAAUGAAGAUCCAAGUAGUGCCUCCCAUCUACGGUUCCAAGCGCUAGAUGCACGAGCGAAAUCGACCCAUUUAUCAGGGUUAUAUAUCCCAAAUAGCAACGGUUACGAUUUUCCACUCUCAUCCCUGCGGUCCCCUACAGGACAAGCUUCUAGUGCCUCGUUGGAUAGCGUUUUCUCUCCCGGAUCCUCGCCCCUAGGACAGUACAGCUAUACGCCCUGCGGACCCCCCUGGACCCACCACGAAGAAGAGGCAAGACGAAGAGGGAACACACGGUGCCUCGUCAACCGGAAUGUCGUCGUUGAAAGAUCGGUUCAUGGUACAAGUUCGCCUACGUUGUCUGGAGCUAGCCUGAGCCCUCUAGCGGACAAAAAGUCGACAGAGUUUACACUCCUACGCUACACAGCGGCGACGUGCGACCCGGACGACUUCACCUUUCGCAAUGGCUAUACACUCCGGAGCCAGAUGCUGAAUCGAUCCACCGAGAUUCUCAUCGCCAUCACCGCCUUCAAUGAAAAUGCAUCAAUGUAUGCGCGGACCCUGAGUGGUGUCUUCGCGAAUAUCCAGGACAUAUGCACCAAGCAGCCUUCGAAGUACUGGCAACAUUGUGCUGAGAUGGAUGCACCUUCGUGGCAGCGUAUUACCGUCACAUUAGUCGUCGAUGGCAUCGACGAGAUGCAUGACGGUGCGCUGAACUUCCUAACGGAGAUUGGCGUCUGCCAGACAAGCAUCAUGAGGAAGCAGAUAGAUGGAAGAGGUACGACAGCUCAUAUCUUCGAGUCUGUGAUUUCAGCCAGUCGACUUGAGAAAGCAUCUGACCCCACUGGUGACCGUCCAAACGGUGUUCCCGUCCAGUUCAUCCUGAUAAUCAAGGCGAAGAACGAAAAGAAGAUUAAUUCUCAUCGCUGGGUCUUCAACGCCCUUGGAAGGAUGCUCAGUCCUGAUAUCUGCGUCUUCCUCGAUGCUGGCACGAAACCUGAUGCAAAGGCUAUUUACCGCCUUUGGGAGGCAUAUCACAAUGAUCCACAUAUCGGUGGCGCCUGUGGAGAGCUACAUACCAUGACAGGCAAAAUGUUACUCAACCCUCUUGUUGCUGCUCAACACUUCGAAUACAAGAACUCCAGUAUCUUUGAUAGACCUCUUGAGAGUGUUUUCGGUCAUGUAGCCGUUUUGCCUGGGGCCUUCAGUUCGUACAGAUACAAGGCAGUUCUCGGGAAACCCUUGGAGCAAUACUUCAAAGGCGACUAUUCUUUGGCCAACCGACUCGGAACCGACGGAAUGCGGGGUAUGGGGAUCUUUCAGAAGAACAUGUAUUUAGCCGAGGAUCGCCUUCUCUCGUUCGAGGUUGUGGCCAAAGCAGGCGAGAGAUGGGUAACGGCGUACGUCAGGGCAAGCAAGGCGGAGACAGACGUCCCGGAAACGUCUGCGGAACUCCUCGGACAGCGUCGACGGUGGCUGAAUGGUUCUUUCGCCACCCACAUCUAUGCUCUAGCCAAUUUCAGAAGGCUGUACCGAACUGCUCAUGGUCCUGGACAACUGAUGCUGUAUCACGCUCAAGCUAUCUACAACAUUGUAUCGAUGGCGUUCUCUUGGUUCGCCUUGGCAAAUGUCUGGAUUGCUUACAGUAUUCUGCUGGAUUCUCUAUCGGGUUAUGCGUCGACAUAUGUGGCUUCCUAUAUUGACGGAUUGAACCACAUGAUUAAACAUGUCUACGUUGCAUGCCUCAUUAUGCAGUUUCUACUUGCAUUUGGGAAUCGGCCAAAGACUGAGCGAAUAGCGUAUGACGGCACUCUAUGGUUCUUUGCAUUUCUUACUAUUUAUUUAAUGGUUGCCCCUCCAUUCUUGUCCUGGCUGUCUUCAAGCGUAGCCACUGCUGUGGAUCGCGCGCAAUCAAAGUCCGCUCUCGCUGCAAUCCUCGGACCCUUGACCUCAACUUCCGGAAUGUGUAUCAUAGCGUCUUUGCUCUACGCCGACCCGCUAUACCUGAUCCAUUCGUCAUUCCAAUACGUGUGUAUGGGCCCUAGCCUGAUCAAUGUAUUGACAGUCUACGCAUAUUGCAAUGUGCACGACGUGUCUUGGGGUACCAAAGGUUGCGAUAAAAUGGAGAUUUUGACGCCUGUCACCACAACCGCCUUCAGUCUUCCAACGAAACUUUUGAAGGGACUGAAGCGCGACCACGAAGACGUGAAUGCCCAAAGGAAGGAAGCGGUCGAAGAUUCUUACAAAAGUUUUAGGACGCGAAUGGUGGCCUUAUGGCUCUUGUCCAACGCUAUACUUGCCAUGGCCGUCGAAAAUCUUGGAGGGUGGGCCAACCUCAAUAAUCCUUUGAUUACCGAGGAGCAGAUACAACUAUCCCGCACUAGGCAAGCUGCAGGACGGAGGUCGUAUCUCGCUCGUCUUGGCCAGCUGGGAUAUUGGCUCAUCCUUUUACGCUUUGUCGGGACGGUGAUUUACUGGGGGCGGAGCAGUAUAUUGCGUUGGUGUAGACGGCGUUCAUGA